CGGAGUAUCACAAACACCUCAAAGCGCCUCCUCUCCAUAAGAGCACAUCAUCAUGUUAAAAUAUUUUCUUCUCAUACUCACCACAGAAAAAAAGAUACUUAGAGUUGUUGUUUUUUUUGUCGUGUAUAUGCUUUAAAUGCAGCUCAAAUGACAUCACAUUGCUGCAGUGCUGCACUGUCCAUGAGAGGUGUCAGUCGCUUCCUCUGAUACCAAGAAUUUGUCCAGUGGCCACUUGGCUUUGCUCUCUUCCAGACAUCAUGGCGUGACAACAUGUAUUCAUUUAUAUCGGGCUCUUGUUACGCAGGUGGACGCCUGCAUGAGGAGUAGAGGCGCAUUUUCAAAGGCUGCCUGUUCUGUGGGACACAGCAAGAUUUCCUGCCUCAUCCCGCCCGGAGAAAUCGACCGCAUUGCUUUGUUGAGGGAGCGGACAGACCAAUCAUGUAUGAAAACUAAUUGCUCGCAUGGGUAAGCGUAGUAGGCUGUUAGAGGAGGGAAAAAAACACACACGGUAUCCACGCAUGGGUGGGAUCCCUUCAUUGCGCUUCAGACAGGGGGAAGUUGACAAGAAAUGCUACAGUAAUGACCAACAACUGUCAGUAAAACAGGCGUGAUAACUGCGCUGUAGUGCUGUAAUCACCAGAAAACCGCUGUUGAGGGAGAGUUUUCGACCUUCGUGAUGUUUUUUUUUACGGACUUGAAGCCUGAAUUUGACGCCAACCUUCAAGCGUCAGAUGCUUUUUCAAGAGCGCAACAUAUCGCUUGAAAAGAGCCCGGUCUGCAGUUAUCUGUCCUGACACAAUCUGGGCUGCAAUUCAUAACAAGCAUGAGAUUUAUUGGUAAUUAAAUCUACAGUAUUUCUGCGUAACAAACCCGUACGCGGGGGACUUGAUAACGACCACGUACUGACGCUUUAACCCCUUUGAACACAGCUCGGACGCAAGCCUCGGACUCUCCAGAGCUCUUUUGGGAUUUUUUGGGGGGGAUUUCAUUUUCUGCCUUUAAACCUUAAUCGGAUCGUACUGGGAUUUAAGGUGGGGUUUCAUCCCGACGCAGGUAACUGGAAGAUACCCCCACUGGCUCUUGUUGAUGACACUUCAGCAGCAGAUUGUCGCUCAUCACGUCCGUCGGAUUUUUCAGCAGCUCCGACGAGCCCUAAUAAGAAGGUUUUACGCGUGAAUUUGGAAUAAAUGAACUCUCGUAACCAUCUGAGAUUCGUUGUGAAUUUACCCGGUGAGACAAGUGUGUGGACGGAGGAAAAUAUGUGCAAUGGGACCAACCCUUCGGCAUCAGCUUUAUUAGUCCCACUUUUGGCUGCUUUGAAGUGAACCCUGUGAGGAGCAUCCGAAACGACAGGAUAUUCUGGACCUGGGGAGAAAAAGAAAGAGACGGAGAGAGGUAAAAUCUUGUGGCUGCGAGAGGAGAAAAUGGAGCAGGGAAGUGUUUGAUGGAGCCAUGUUGGAGAUUAAGUGAGACCGGCUUGUCCUGAGCCGACACCAGACUUAUCACACUGGGCCAGGUGGUGUUUUCCUGUGAGCCCAGUAGUAGUCGCCUGCCUCAGCUCUGACUCUCCAACCGCCAGCUGAUCGAGAUGCUGAUGUGAAACCUGCGAUGGAGACCAGGGCUUGAUAUCUGGACCUGGAAACUCAUCAACAAUGGACCGGCUGGUUCUGUGCGUGCUGCUGUGUGCAGCUCUGGUGAAGGGAUACAGCUGUCCCGGCCGCUGCAUCUGCCAGCACCUCUCCCCCACUCUGACUCUGCUCUGUGCUAAGACUGGCCUGUUGUUUGUGCCCCCCACCAUUGACCGCAAGACCGUUGAGCUGCGGCUCACCGACAACUUCAUAACCAUCAUCCGCAGGAAAGACUUUUUCAACAUGACUAGUUUGGUCCACCUCACCCUGUCCCGCAACACCAUCAGCCAGAUCACCCCCCAUGCCUUUGUCGGCCUGCGAUCCCUGCGGGCGCUCCACAUGGACGGAAACCGCCUGAGUGUCAUAAAGAGCGACCACUUUAAAGGCCUGAUCAACCUGCGGCACCUCAUCCUCGGAAACAACCAGAUCCACCAGGUGGCCCACACCUCCUUUGAUGAAUUUGUUUCCACCAUAGAGGACUUGGAUCUUUCCAAUAACAAUCUGCGCACCCUGCCCUGGGAAGCCAUAGCCAGAAUGACCAAUAUUAACACACUCACAUUGGACCACAACCUGAUUGACCACAUUGGUGCUGGGACUUUCACGCUGCUCACCAAGCUGGUCCGCCUGGACAUGACCUCCAACAGGCUGCAGAAGCUGCCACCAGACAGCCUGUUCCAGCACGCUCAGGUCCUGUCUGACGCCAAGGGCUCCAGCUCCUCCACUCUGGCUGUGAGCUUUGGUGGAAACCCUCUUCACUGUAACUGUGAGCUGCUGUGGCUGCGCAGGCUGACCAGAGAGGAUGAUCUGGAGACCUGCGCCUCACCAGAACAUCUCAUGGACAAAUACUUCUGGUCCAUCCAAGAGGAGGAGUUUAUCUGUGAGCCUCCAUUGAUCACCAAACAUACUGUCACUAAGCCGUAUGUGAUGGAGGGGCAAGGGGUGACUCUUAAAUGCAAAGCCGUGGGUGAUCCAGACCCAGACAUUCACUGGCGGUCACCAGACGGCAAGUUGGUGCAUAAUAAUUCCCGCACCAUCCUGUAUGAAAAUGGCACCCUUGAUAUUCUCAUCACCACUCUGAAGGACAGCGGGGCAUUUAAUUGUGUGGCAUCCAAUGCCGCAGGCAUCGACACAGCUGCUGUUGAGAUCAACAUGAUCCCCUUACCCCUGUUUGUUAACAACACAGGCCACAUGCGUGAGGACCCUGGACUCUCAGAUAUCACCACCUCCUCCAAAUCUGGCAAUGACACCAAGGGCUACGACAAACAGGACAGGAGGGUAAUGGUCAAUGAGCUGACCUCCUCCUCCGCUGUGAUCCGUUGGCCAUCUGAGCGCCAUAUCCCCGGCAUUAGGAUGUACCAGAUACAGUACAACAGCACAGCAGAUGACACUUUGGUGUACAGAAUGAUCCCAUCUACCAGCAAGAAUUUCUUAAUCAAUGAUCUGGCCGCAGGGCGGGAAUAUGACCUUUGUGUGCUGGCGGUUUACGACGAUGGCAUCACAUCAUUAACAGCCACACGUGUGGUUGGCUGCGUGCAGUUCCACACGGCCAGUGAGGUCAGCCAAUGCCGCUUCAUGCACAGCCAGUUCCUGGGAGGCACUAUGAUCAUCAUUAUCGGUGGUAUAAUUGUUGCUUCAGUGCUGGUGUUCAUCAUCAUCCUGAUGAUCCGCUACAAGGCCUACAGCAGCCCAGAGGACAGCAAAACCAAGGUCAGCUCCACCAUGCACUCCCAGACCAACGGUAGCCAGCAGCGGCUACAGCGCUCCACCUCCAAGCAGCCUUCUGACGAGGGCCAGCGUGAAGCCGAGGCACCCAAAGAGUGCAUGGCGCUGGUGCUGAGGGUGGACAACGAGAAGAAGGAGGAUCCAGCAGCCACCACUGCCAUCCUGGAGGUGGAGCUGCCUCCUCUGACUGUAGAAAAAAUGAAGAGAAGAACCAGCCUGGAUGCACAGCACUCCGGUCCCCCAUCUGAGGACACGCAGACGGACAGUAGCCUGACAGGCUCCACCAUGUCCCUGUGUCUCAUAGGCCCGAAUGCUGGCACCAAUGAGGCUCCGAGGCUCAAGGACAAGAAAAGUUCCCUGGCCAACAUGGGAUUACUCCCUAAUGAGCUGGCACGAACUAGGCACAGAUUCUCUUUUGACGGAGGGGAUUACUCCAUAUUUCAGAGUCAUAGUUACCCACGCAGAGCGAGGACGAGGUGGCACAAGUCCACCAACCAGCUCAACGUGGAGUCAUCACCGCUCGCCAACAGGAGAGUUACAUUCAGCAGCACUGAGUGGAUGCUUGAGAGCACAGUCUGAGGAAAGCUACACACAAACAUACAUGUAAAAACACAAUAUGUCGACAUGCCAUACGACACAAGCACACACUUUAACCUGCAUACAGCAAACGAUAAACACAAGUACAUGUACUUACACAUGCAAACUUUCUGUGAGUUGCUGGAGAAGAACACAGUCUCCCUUCAUCAUGCCUCCCCAUCAUACUCCCAGAGAGGUUUGUUGGCCAUGUCCUUUCUUUAUGCAGCAGUGCCUUAUUCUAAAAAAUGUACGAAUGGAGGAUGCUGCUCACUGUAGUCAUAAACCUUCCUCUCCAUCAUUGCCUCCCACCCUGAAACGGGGAGCAUUUCUUUUGGAUUUUUUAAUUUUUUUCUGUCUCUGUGACAUGCCAAGGGGGUGUGGCGUUUGGAUGUGACUGUUUAUCUUUAAUUGUUAAAAAGAGAAAAAAAGAGAAAAAAAAAACAAAAAACAAAACUUCAUCAUAACUGUAAAGUGAACAGCCAGGUAUCCUGUUAUGUCAAUCAUGUUUUGGGUUCUUUCAAAAAAACUUUUGCACAGAAGACACGAGAUACGAGGACAAGUAUCACCACCAGUCUAUACAAUAAUAAUAAUUUCUAAUGUUAGUAUAGAGAGGAUGGACCUGGAAAAACUGCGGAUUCCUCUUUGACGGUCGGACUGUAUGAUGUUAAAUAUUGUUCCAGAUGUGACUGUAUAUUAAUCGGUACUGUAUCUGGCUGGUCUAGAUAAAAAGACAACAAACAAAAAAGACAUAUAUAAGUAUAAUAAAACAUUGGUGUAUGUGUACUAACUAUGUAAGUAAGUAAGUCAUAUGUCACAUGACUUUUUACAAAGCAUUUGGGUGUUGGCUGCAAGUUUUUACAUUAAAAACCUGUGUCAUCACACCUCUCCCCUAUUUAGUAUGUCAAAGUUUGGACCAUUUAUCCCCUCACGAAGGGUAUUAAAUUUUUUGUGUGGGUUAACUGUA